UGUUGCAACCUGGUAACGCCCCAUGAUUUUGGUCUGAAGAGACUGAUAUCGAUUACCUAACUUUGGAAAAGAUUUUAAGUGACAACAUUCUCUCUUAUCGUACUGCAAAUCUGUUAGUAUACCGAUUGAAUAGUAUUUACAGAAGUCAUUUUAAAACACCGCGCUCAAACACAAACGUGCAUUCGGAUUCAAACGAAUUUGACAAAGCUGAGACCGGACAGCAUUCCUUAUCACUUUCAACAGUAUCCUAUUUGUUCUACAGUAGCGUACUCCAUAGCUUCCGGGUUUUUCCUCUGAGGAACGACAACUAGAUGUAGCUUUACUAUUACAAAAAGCAGACAGAAAAAUUAACGUGAUGACUACAGAAAACACGACCAACGGGAUUGCUCUCAUCGAAAUUAAAGAAACAGAGGAAGCCACCGAAAACAGCCAAUGCCAUGUUAUGGAUGUGAACACCCCGAAUGAACAGGAAAACAUUAACAAUGGGACUGAAUUAAUCGGAACAGGGGAUACAGAGGAAGCCACUGAAAUCAGCCAAUUAUGUCAGAUGAUAGAUGAGAAUUCUCCAAAUGAACAGAUUAAAAUUAACAGAGGAAAGCAAAGGUGCCGCUCCAGCAGCAGAUAUGUCUUCUGGAAAUGCAAGCUGUGGAUGCUCAUUUUAUCAGUUUUUAUACUGUUGACUAUAGCAACUGUAAUCAGUCUGGUUCUCUAUUCAGUGGUGUAUGUGGAUGAAGAUGAAAAGAUAGAUAAAACACUGUAUGUUGUUCCUCGAUAUUAUAAUGGCACUCUGAGAAUAGUAAACCAAGAAUUUACACGAGAAUUGCUUUUACCCAAAUCCCAGAAGUCUGAAUUCUUAUCAGGGCAACUAAAGGAUAUGCUUUCAAGAUUAUACAGUUCAUCUCCUGCUUUGGGCCGCUACUUUGUUAAUGCAGGGUUAAACUCCUUCAGCAAUGGCAGUGUCACUGCAUAUUACUGGCUCAAGUUUGAAAUACCAUCAGAGCACAUUGCUGAUGGAAAAGGUGUUGCAUCUUCGAACCAGUGACAUAGCAAGUGAUGGAUUCAUCUUUGGGAUGCUUCACUAGACUUUGUUUGUCCUUAUUCUACGCACGUUCUAGAUUCUUUACAAAAGGCAAUUUCACAGACUGGUGUGUUGGAGUUUCAUUUUGUAAGAAUGAUUUCUUAACUGAAUGUACAUAAAGUAUACAUGUCUGAUAAGCGUACAGUACACUGUGAAGCUGGAAUCCAGUUUGACUAUUUUAAUAUUACUUCUGGGGGACGUAAACCUACAAAUGCAAAUAUGAUGUCAGCUUUCUCACUACAAAUAAUAUGAAACCCAAGGUAAUUCUUACCUAUUUAAAUGCUUCAUUUUCAAUAUUUACAAGCAUAGUCUUGGUAUUUUUUUUUCUUUUAAGUUUUACUUCAAGGCAAUUUUCUCUUUCUUUACAUUGCAUAAGAAGGACAGCUAAUGAUUUUGUAUUAAGUAUACCUGGACAUGAGCUGUUUUAUUUUAUUUUGCAUAAUAAUGUAUAUAUUUGAAUACUUCAAAAUAAUGUAAUGUGUGUCCACUUUAAAUGUCUUUUACAAUAUAGUAAUUUGUACAACAUGCAAAUGUUAAUUAUCUGCUAAUGUAGUAAUCAACAUUAAAUGAGAAUGGAGAAGAAAAAUAAGUGCUUUUGUUUGAAUGAUUUUAAUGAAUUUUGUAUUAUUGCAAAACUUGUUCAAAUUGUUAUUUAUUUGGACUUAUUGUCUAGCAAAGUUGGGGGAAAGCUACAAUACUUAGGGGUGUGCUAGAGUAUAUAAAAAUGAUAACUGGGUAAAAAAGUACUGUUAGAAAACUAGUGUUUGAUGUAAUGGGGUGAUGGUCCGAGCUUACCCCCACCCUCAAUCACAUUAUUUACUCAGGAACACUGAGGUCUUGAACAACGCAGGAAACAGAUUCACAGGCAUAAAUAUUUACUUUGCACUGGAUACUUCACUCAGACUAUGAAUGACAACUGAUGCUCACAGACUAACAGGAUGUAAAUACAAUGAGUGACAUUCACAGAGGUAAACUCAUGAAUGAUUCUAAUAACCCCGUCCACUCCUAAACAAAGACACAACAUUUUAUAAUCCCCAGCCCCGCCUACUCC